AGAUCUUUUGCAAGCAGCAGGUGCCAGGGGCGCCGGUGUUCCCGGAGCGCGUCCCAAUCUGAGUGUGUGUGCGUCGGGGGGGUGGACCCUGCUUUCCGUAGAGGCCCCCACUUCUCAGUGGCUGAGGGAGGGGGGUCUCGCGCUCGGGACUGUGGCUUGCGGACGAGAGACCGCUCUGAGGGUCAGGUCGCGGAGUCGCGGAGUCCCGCGGACGGAGAGCGGGCUCACACUGUGCGCCAGUGGGCGUGCGCCUGGCAACAGGUCUGCGCCCCGCUGCUCGGGCCUCGGCACCGGCUUCCUUCUGGUUUCGCCUCCGCCUCCCGCUGCCCCCCGCUCCCGCACUCCCGCGAGCGCCGGGCUCCCAGCGUUGUGCCGGCGCCGGGCGCGCGGUGUGUGUGUGGGGGUGUGUGCAAUUAAAUGUUAAAAGACACCACGGCCCCUGUUGAUGUUUAGACUGAGUCUCCAAACCCGGCAUUGCUGGGAGAGGGUUCGGUGGUGCCUGGCGAGGGACCUCGGCUCCCAGAAGGGUUAAAUUAGGUUAAAGACCUGGCGGAGUGCAGAGUGCCAGCCAGGGCUGUGGCCAGGUCUCCAGCUCGCUGCUCGGGGAACGAGGGCCAGAGACCUCCUGGAACGGACCCGGAGGCACGCAUGUGCUCUUGAGAAAGGAACUCAGUGAGCCCAAGGUCGUCAGCCACAGACUCUCAGCUCUCAGCGACCGCCGCCGGUCCCCAAGGGUCGAACACCACCACCGCCGUCCCAGGCGCGCCUCCAGCAGCCGGCUUUGAGGUCCUGAGUCUCGCUCGGCGCAGCCAACGUUGCCCACAGGGACUCCAUCUCCCGCUCCGUGUCUGUGUUGGAGAACCAUCCGGAAGCCAUGACAGUGCUGAAGCUGAUGACUGUGUUAACAGAAACGGUGUACAGAGAUACAUGGGAGAAUUUGGGGGAGAUAAAUCGGGCCCCUGUGUUUCUCACCUGCCGCACUUGGAAGUAAGAUAAAUAGAUCAGAAUUCAUCUUAGCUCCCUCCAUCUCAAAGGCGUGGAGCUCAAGGAUGCAGUACAGACGCUGGGAGUCUUCCUGUGAGUUCCAUCUCCCCGGUGGUGUGAAUGGAGCAGGAGGCUGGACCCGGCUGACCUUGAAGCCCUGGCUCUCUCCCCCGGACUUCACCCAGCACAUGCCGCUUUCUGGUGCCAAGCCCCGGACCCCACGAUCGACCACCUGCAGGAAGAACCAAGAUUCAGGCCCCGGGCACGUGAAGUCCAGAUGGGCGGACAGAGGCAGUGUCUCUCGUCCCUGUGAGAAUCGGGAGCACACGGCCUGGGCCACCGUCGGACAGCAGGAACGGCGCCGGUCUGGAACCCUGAGCUGGUCAUGGAGAAUCCUGAGUUGUUCCAAAUAGCCUGUCCGCCCUCUUCCUCCUUGCUGGCUCUGCAGAAGGCUACCCCGGCGCCUUUCAAGGAUCAGUUUCAGGGAGCCGCUGCCAGGAUGGGAGCUGCCAGCAGACAGGACUUCUCCCUCGAGGCAAUGCUGACCCUCAGCUCGCUGGCCCUGGCCUGCUUCCCUGGGGCCAUGUCCGCAGCCGUGUGCCCCGACCAGAGCCCUGAGCUGCAGCCCUGGAACCCCGGCCACAACCCGGACCACUAUGUGCACGUCGGGCGGGGCAGGGCCCUGCUGCUUGCUGUGUCCGCCACGGUGAACUCCAUCCACGUCUCCCAGGGAGGAAAGCUAGUCAUCAAAGACCACGAGGAGCCCAUUGUUCUGCGGGCCCGGCACGUCCUGAUAGACGACGGCGGGGAGCUGCAUGCUGGGAGCGCCCUCUGCCCCUACCAGGGCAACUUCAGCAUCGUUCUCUACGGAAGGGCCGACGAAGGAGUUCAGCCCGACCCUUACUUUGGCCUCAAGUACAUUGGGGUGGGCCCAGGAGGCACGCUGGAGUUACACGGACAGAAAAAGCUCUCUUGGACAUUUCUGAACAAGACCCUUCGCCCAGGCGGCAUGGAGGAAGGAGGCUAUUUUUUUGAAAGGAGCUGGGGUCACCGUGGAGUCAUUGUUCACGUCAUCGACCCCAAAUCGGCAACGGUCAUCCAUUCGGACCGAUUUGACACCUACAGAUCCAAGAAGGAGAGCGAGCGUCUGGCCCAGUACUUGAACGCGGUGCCCGCGGGCAGGAUCCUCUCAGUGGCCGUGAACGAUGAGGGGUCUCGGAACCUGGACGACGCCGCCAGGAAGGCCAUGACCAGGCUGGGCAGCAAACACUUCCUACACCUCGGAUUCAGACACCCUUGGAGUUUCCUCACCGUGAAAGGAAAUCCCUCUUCUUCGGUCGAAGACCAUAUCGAGUAUCACGGACACCGAGGCUCGGCGGCCGCCCGGGUGUCCAAAGUGUUCCAGACGGAGCACGGCGAGCACUUCAACGUCUCUUCCUCCAGCGAGUGGGUUCAAGAUGUGGAGUGGACGGAGUGGUUUGACCACGACAGAGUGGUGCACACUAAAGGCGGGGAGAAAAUCUCAGACCUCCGGGUCGCUCACCCAGGAAAGAUCUGCAAUCGCCCCAUCGACAUCCAGGCCACGACGGCGGAUGGCGUUAACCUCACCACCGAGGUCGUCUACAAAAAAGGCCAGGAUUAUAGGUUUGUGUGCUACGACCGGGGCCGAGCCUGCCGGACCUACCGCGUGCGGUUCCUGUGUGGGAAGCCUGUGAGGCCCAAACUCACCGUCACCAUCGACACCAACGUGAACAGCACCGUUCUGACCCUGGAGGACGAUGUUCGAUCGUGGAAGCCCGGGGACAUGCUGGUCAUCGCCAGUACUGACUACUCCAUGUACCAGGCAGAGGAGUUCCAGGUGCUACCCUGCAAAGCCUGUGCCCCCAACCAGGUCCGAGUGGCAGGGAAACCGCUGUACCUGCACAUCGGGGAGGAGAUAGACGGUGUGGACAUGCGGGCUGAGGUUGGGCUCCUGAGCCGGAACAUCGUGGUGCGGGGGGAGAUGGAGGACAGGUGCUACCCUUACAAUAACCACGUCUGCAACUUCUUCGACUUCGACACCUUCGGGGGCCACAUCAAGUUUGCACUGGGCUUUAAGGCAGCGCACCUGGAGGGUGUGGAGCUGAGGCACAUGGGGCAGCAACUGGUGGGGCAGUACCCCAUCCACUUCCACCUGGCGGGCGAUGUGGACGAGAAGGGAGGCUACGACCCGCCCACGUACGUCCGCGAGCUCUCCAUCCACCACACGUUCUCUCGCUGCGUCACCGUGCACGGCUCCAACGGCCUGUUGGUCAAGGACGUGGUGGGCUAUAACUCUCUGGGCCAUUGCUUCUUCACGGAAGACGGGCCAGAGGAACGGAACACCUUUGACCACUGUCUGGGCCUCCUCGUCAAGUCUGGAACCCUCCUCCCCUCCGACCGUGACAGCAAGAUGUGCAAGACCAUCACAGAAGACUCCUACCCAGGCUACAUCCCCAAGCCCCGGCAGGACUGCAAUGCUGUGUCCACCUUCUGGAUGGCCAACCCCAACAACAACCUCAUGAACUGUGCAGCCGCGGGCUCCGAGGAGACCGGGUUCUGGUUCAUCUUCCACCACGUGCCCACAGGCCCCUCGGAGGGGAAGUACCCCCCAGGCUAUUCAGAGCACAUUCCGCUGGGAAAAUUCCAUAACAACCGAGCACAUUCCAACUACCGGGCUGGCAUGAUCAUAGACAACGGGGUCAAGACUACGGAGGCCUCUGCCAAGGACAAGAGGCCCUUCCUCUCUAUCAUCUCUGCCAGGUACAGCCCUCACCAGGAUGCUGACCCGCUGAAGCCCCGAGAGCCUGCUAUCAUCCGACAUUUCAUCGCCUACAAGAACCAGGACCACGGGGCCUGGCUGCGCGGCGGGGACGUGUGGCUGGACAGCUGUCGGUUUGCUGACAAUGGCAUCGGCCUGACCCUGGCCAGCGGUGGGACCUUCCCGUACGACGACGGCUCCAAGCAGGAGAUAAAGAACAGCCUGUUUGUUGGCGAGAGUGGCAACGUGGGGACGGAGAUGAUGGACAACAGGAUCUGGGGCCCCGGCGGCCUGGACCACAGCGGGAGGACCCUCCCCAUAGGCCAGAACUUCCCGAUCCGAGGAAUUCAGUUCUAUGACGGCCCCGUCAGCAUCCAGAACUGCACUUUCCGCAAGUUCGCGGCCCUGGAGGGCCGGCACACCAGCGCCCUGGCCUUCCGGCUGAACAACGCUUGGCAGAGCUGCCCCCAUAACAACGUGACCAACAUCGCCUUCGAGGACGUCCCGAUUACUUCCAGAGUGUUCUUUGGAGAGCCCGGGCCCUGGUUCAACCAGCUGGACAUGGAUGGAGAUAAGACGUCGCUGUUCCAUGAUGUUGACGGCUCUGUGUCCGAGUACCCGGGGUCCUACCUCACCAAGGACGACAACUGGCUGGUCCGGCACCCGGACUGCAUCAACGUCCCUGACUGGAGAGGGGCCGUCUGCAGCGGGCACUAUGCACAGAUGUACAUCCAGGCCUACAAGACCAGCAACCUUCGGAUGAAGAUCGUCAAGAACGAGUUCCCGGGCCGGCCCCUCUACCUGGAGGGCGCCCUGACCCGGAGCGCCCACUACCAGCAGUACCAGCCGGUCGUGGCGCUGCGGAAGGGCUACACCGUGCACUGGGACCAGGCGGCCCCCGCCGAGCUCAUCAUCUGGCUCAUCAACUUCAACAAGGGCGACUGGAUCCGUGUGGGGUUCUGCUACCCCCGAGGCACCACCUUUUCCAUCCUCUCAGACGUGCACAAUCGCUUGCUGAAGCAGACGUCCAAGACGGGCACCUUCACGCGCACCUUCCAGAUGGACAAGGUGCAGCAGAGUUUCCCGGGCAGGAGCCAUUACUACUGGGAUGAGGACUCAGGGCUGCUGUUCCUGAAGCUGGAAGCACACAGCGAGAGGGAGAGGUUCGCCUUCUGCUCGGUGAGAGGCUGCGAGAGAAUCAAGAUCAAGGCUCUGCUGCCCAAGGACGCGGGCGUCAGUGACUGCACGGCUGGCGCCUACCCCCGGUUCGCCGAGCGGCCGGUCGUGGACGUGCCCAUGCCCCGGAAGCUCCUUGGCGCCCAGCUGAAGACGAAGGACCGCUUCCUGGAGGUGAAGAUGGAAAGUUCCAUGCAGCGCUUCUUCCAUCUCAUGAGCGACGUCGCCUACAUGGAAGUGGACGGCGUGAAGCGCCCCAGCAUGGAGGACGGCCUCCAGGUGCUGGCGGUGGACGGCCACCGGGGCCACGUGCUGAGCCACGCCAGCUUCCGGAACGUCAUUCUGCAGGGCGUCCCAUGGCAGCUGCUGGAGCACAUCACGGCCCUUCCCGACAAUUCCAUCGUGCUCAUGGUGUCCAAGGGAAGAUACACCCCCAGGGGCCCCUGGACCAGAGUGCUGGAAAGCCUCGGCGCGGACAAGAGCCUCAAAUUGAAAGAAAAGAUGGCAUUUGUUGGCUUCAAAGGGGACUUCCGGCCCACCUGGGUGACCCUGGACACGGACGACCACAAGGCCAAGAUCUUCCAAGUGGUGCCGAUCCCCGUGGUGAGGAAGAAGAAGCUGUGAGGGGCUGCUCAUGGUGCUGCCCCCGGUGCGCAGUGAUGGCGGACCCCCGCGGCGGGCGACUCCCCCGGCCCUGGCCCCAGUGGGGUCAGCCUUGAUGGGCCAAGGGGAGGCGGGCGGCUCCCCUGGCCCUGGCCCCAGUGGGGUCAGCCCUGAUGGGCCAAGGGGAGGCCGUCAGAGAUGCCUGGUGCUGCCCACCCCCUCCCCAGCCUCCACUCAAGGGUCUCCCUGCAGCCUCCUGGGUACUUCUCUCCUGCCUCUGCAGGGGGGUGGGGAGGCGGGGGGUGUAUGAGGAGCCCCGAGCGGUGCUGGCACCUGGAGCCCCGAUCAGCCACUCACAGAUCUCCGUGCUCCCCAGCGUGCAUGGUGGGCGGUGGAGCCGGGAAGAGAGUUGGGUCUUCGGGAAAUCUCUGUUCCUGUAAGCGAGCGGCAACCUUCAGGCCUUGGGAGCUGGGGUGUAGACAGCGCUCGCCAAGGCAGGACCGGCUGCCCUCAGGGAAUGGGCCAGCCCUGCCUCUGGAGGGGUUCAGCCCUUCUGGAGACUUCAGGUCCCGGGAUGGGGGGAGGACUAGGUGACUUCUAGAGGCCCUUUCUGUCGUGAGAUUCCAGAAGUCUGUGGCUUUCCGCACCACACACAGACCCUAGCCAUAGAUGGGAUUCUUCCUGGCCGGCGCCUGGGACGCGGGGUGCCCUGGGACGCGGGGUGGGGGCGGUGAGAAGCCAGGCCUGGAGUCAGGGCUUGCAGGCUGGGGGGACAGGCGGUCAGGUCUGCGUGCCCCCCGAUGCCAGGCGGAGACUGUGAAGUAGGGAGGAUGGGGACCCACGCGGGUGCCCUGGAGGGAAGGAUCCCACACACUUGAGGGGUCAGGAAGCUUCCCGCAGGAGGAGAAACAGGCCCGCAGGAAGGAAGGGCCGGGCAUCUGGUGGGCAGAGGGGUUCGGAGAUGAAGCCGGGGACUGCGGGUCACCCUCUGCCUGCCACUUGCUGGCCACUCUCACGGCCAAGUGUGCCGUGUGGGCGGGCCGGGCCCACUGUGGGGAGCACUUCAGUCCCCAGUCAGCCGCCCUCAGGACCCGGAUCGGGGGAGCUAGGCGGAGAGACAUGAGCUCCUAUUUGGGGCCUCAUGGGUUUCUGAACAGGCUCACCCCUCAAGGAACCCAGGGUUUCGGGCUUGGAAAGGACUUUACUGGUGACCUAGGCCCAAACCCUCAUUUUGCGGACAGGGCAUGUGAGACCUGAAUGGGGAAGAACCACAAGCCAGGCCAGGGGGCCGGGCGCCCCAUGCCCCGACCUGCUGCCACACCACAUUGCCUCAACAACGGGCCCCAGGGUGUCCCGCACCCCCGAGGGAGCUCCCCAGAUGGGACCAAGCCCCCUGGAAGGGAAGACGGAUCAGAAUGGAGAGAACUGGCCCAUGGCGGUUUCCUCCUGGCCUUCUGUGCACAGCGGGCACCCUCCCGUGGGCUGGGGGUGGCCCUGCAGGCUCCACGGGGUUCCAAGUACCUGCCACCCCUUGAGAGGGCACCCGGCAGCCACAACCCUUCCCCAGGUGUCCCCUGGUCUGCAGGCCUGCAGGCAUGGCCCAGGGGACAGCAUCGGGGCACACUGCAAGGCUUCCCGUGAGCUCUGGGGGCGUCUGCAGAGCUGCGGGGCCCACUGCGGGCCUCCAGCGACUGCUCAGCACUCGCAGAGAGUUCCGGGAAGGAGGAAAGCUUCCCUUCUCCUCUCAGGUCCCCGAGUCACCCAGGGGGCCACGAGGAGCUGCGGUUUCCCCUUUCCUGCAACCAACCACAAAGCCUUUCUUCAGAGAGGGCCUUCUUGGCUCCCUGUGCCCGGGCGCACCCGUGACACUCGGGCAGGAAGCCCCCUCCCCAGGCUGAGCCAACACCUCCCAGUUCGCCCAGCGGCUCUGAGGUGGCGGUGGGACGGGGCGGCUGCGGGGCCCUGGGAAGGGAGCCGAGAUGACCUCAUGUUCGUGGCUACAGUUCUGCAGGGUUUCAGACCCUGGCAGUGCAAAGGGCCUCAGCACUGUGAAGCAGUUGGGAUGGGAUCACUUUGGGUGGCCAGGACACAGGCUGCCUCUAGUUCAGUUACUUUCCGAAACGACCCAUUUGAGAUCCCUCAGAGUUGUACAUACGUCUAAUGGCGCUGGAUCUGUGUGCUUUCUCUCCGGGCGCGUUCUUGGUGGUGCAGACUGUCUCGUGGCUUGGAACCCUGCUCCUAUGGUCCUCUCUGUCAGCGUUCACGGGAGCUGGGCCUUUAGGGUAAAAGACACUCCUCUGAGAUGCUUGUCUCCUUCCUGUUGCCGAAAUAGCGGGUCCUUUUUCGGGAAUUCGAUGUACCGUGUGUUUUGUGUGUAAACGGCGCUACCAUGAACAAAGAUGUAUUUUCUAUUUAUUUAUUCUAUAUGCACUUGGAGAAGUCAUGAUCAGAGAAAUGAAGAGUUGUCUUAAAUGUUGUGUGGGGUGGGGGGUGAACCCAGAGCUUUCUGUGGGCAGCAGAGGACCUUGGCUCUGGUUUGGAGAAUCUUGCUGUACCAUAGUAAACACACAAAGGAUA